AUGUGGUGUGGACUCUGUUUUGGUGUUAUUCUGGUUCGAGAGAUGCGGUGGAAAAUAUGGCAAAAAUUGGAGAGGAAAUGAAAAAAAGGUGAGAUUCUUUGAAAGAUUUCAAAUUUAAAAAAAAACAUAAAAUUCUCAAGCUUUGGCAAUACCUUAGGACUCUGUAGCAGAAAAGUUUCGCUCCGCAAUUUUUUCUAGAAAGUGGUCGAAAUCUUUUUUAAAAAUCUAAUAGGGAACUUUUGUAAACUUGAAAUUUUGGGAAAAUUCCCUUUUUUGAUACGAAAACUCAAUUUUUGUUUUCCAGAUUCUCGCAAUUGGUUUCAAUGAUGAAUAUAUGCCAUCUUGGCUUCCACCAUCUCCACCAAUGUCUGAUAAUGAAUUCGAUUUGAAAAUGGAAGAUGAUACUUUUGAUCUAAUUUAUGAAAUUGAUCCAAUGAAUGAAGCAAGAUUACCAUCACAUAUUGAAGAAUUAAGAAGACCAUUGAGAGAAAAGCAAAAACAAAAUGAAGAUGUUAUGUUGGGUAUGUUACUUUUUAUUGAUUUAUUGAUGACGAAGGAUAGAUGGUCUAACUUCUCUGACACAGAAAGUCAAAAUAAUUUCCCAACUGAUUUUAAUUAUGAGAAAUGUAAUUUUACUAUUUUAGGUUCAAAUAUCAUCAAUAAUAAGGAUAAGGACUUAUUACAUGAUUUUUCGAAAAGACUUGGUUUCCCUUCAAAUUCUUCGAAUUCUGCAAAUGCUGCUGCUUCAUCACCUGGAUAUUCAGAAAAUUCAUUUUCAAUGGAUGACAGUAGUCAAGAAUCAAAACCCGAUGUUUUUGCAUCUCGAAUGGCUGCUUUAUCUGGACAACAAACACAACAACAGAAACAGGCGAAAAAACGAACAAAUAAAUCGCAUAGAAGUUCGGAAGUUGAUGCACUUCGAUCUUUUACACCUCCACCUGCGAUAAAAGAAGAAAUUGAUUAUGAUGGAGCUGAAUGGAGUUUGGUUGAAGAUUAUACACUUUUACAAGCUGUUCAAAAUGAGAUAGCAAAUCUUCAUGAAUUUGAAACACCGAGAAAAAAUGAGGGAAUGGUAUUCAAUUGGGAAUAUGUUGCAAUAAGUGUGAAUAAAGUGACAAGAUUCUAUCGAUCUGCAAGACAAUGUUCAAUUCGAUAUCAAAUGUAUGUGAGACCAAAAGAAUCGGGUGUUAUGUAUGCUUGUGAUCCGGUGACUAAAAAUCGAAUGAAAAUUGAAAUGGGACCGGCAGAAGUUGGUGAGUUAUUUGAAGUUUGGGGUCAUUUUUUGAUUCGAAAUGAGAAUUUCAAAAUUUCGGAGAAAAAUCAAAAUUUCAGUUCAGAAUUCAAUUUCAAAUCCAAUCAUUUCAGCUCACAUUCGAAAAGGCCGUGCAAAAACCGAAAGUCAAUAUCAACAUGAAGGUGGCUCGAUUAUGGAUAAAAAACACCUCAAUCGCUUCAAAGCUGUCAAAACUUUGGCUGACAAAAAACCAGCAAUAUUCUGGAGAGGACCGAAAGAAUUGAGAAAAAUCGAGGCGUUGGAAAAUCGGCUCCCACUCAAACACGAAACAAAGUUACGCGAAUUCGAUGUGAAAGUUGGCACACUUUCGGAUGCUGAACAGAUUUCGACAAUUGAAGAGGAUAAAAUGGUGACAAAUGAACCGAAAAAGAAGGUUGGAAUUAUUGAUCGAAGUCGAGCAAAUUCACCGCCUCCAAGAAGAAAUAUAUUGUUAUUGAGACCACAUGCAAUGCCUGUUUCAAAGAAUAAGGAAUUAUUGCCUGUUCGAAGUAAUAUGACAAUUGAAGUUCCACAAUUAAGAGAUCCACAAUUACAUAUUGCACAACAACAACAGCAAUUACAACAACAGCAAAAUCAGCAGCCAACAAGAAUACCACAUGUUAUACCUUCUAUGGAUCAUUCUUCACAAUCACAAAUAAUUCAAUCUCAACAACAUCCACAACAUCCACAAAGAAGAAUUGCACAAACACAUUAUAUUCAACAAACACAAGGCAAUUAUGUUAUGGUGAAUAGUCAGAAUUCUGAACAAACUGUUCAAUCUGUUGUUCAACAACAACAUCUUCAACAACAGCAACAACAAUCACAAAAUGUGCAGCAACAGCAACAACAACCACAAAUGCAACCACAACAAAGAAUGACACAAUAUGUGACACCGCAACAGAUUCAAUCGCAACGUGGAUUACCGAUGUAUACUUCGUCGCCGCAAGUUGUUGUAACUCGAGGAGCACCGAGGGUUAUGAGAGUGAGUUUUUUUUUUGAAUUGGAAACGGGUUGCGAAAAAUCCUAGAAACAAAGAAUCCGAACAUACAUAAAAUGGGUCCCCAGCAUACAUCAGUUUCUCCCGGUCAGGGCUUCAAAAUUAGCCACCCCCGAAAUGUGAAAAUACAAAAAUUAGCCAGACCCCCUCAAAAAAUAGAGAGAAAAACUUGGUUUUUGGGGUGUAAAUUGUUAUUUUUUCAAAUAGUUAGCCGCUCCCCACCCCUUUUUUCCAAAGUUAGCCAGGCCCCUCCGGACGAAAAUCCGGGGAUACUGAUGUAUGGUCCCCAGAAUCGGGGUGAGGGGCUUAACUUUUUUCAAAAAUCUGAAGGGAAAGGUGCCUAACUUGGUCAAUUUUCUGCUGAUAAUUUACAAAAAUUCCCAGAUUUGUCCAAAAUUCGCUCAAAAAUGUGAGGAAGGUGUUUAACUUUGGAAAAUAUUCAAGGAGGGACCUUAACUUUGAAAACUGACUCGGGGGACCUAUUUUAUGUAUGAAUCCGAAAAUAAUCUAAAAAGUAUUUACCCAUUAAAAAAUAACUUUUUUUUUCGAAAAAUUGCAUUUUCAAUAAAAAUUCAGAUUUAAAAGUUAAGGUAAAGGUAAAGGUAGAUCCGUAUUCGAGCGCCUAUUAGGACACUGCGGAUCAGACGAUUCGGACACGGAGUACGGGUGGUGUACGUCUAUAGGCCAUUUUGGAGAAUUUAAGUCACCCUGUUGCCGCAGGGGACCGAUUUACCUUGCGUAGCGAACUACUACCCACUUACGACUGGGUGGAUCGAGGAGGAGCGGGCACCGGGGAUCGAACCCGUGACCCUGAGAUCGCCAGCAGCCAACCACUACCACUGAGCUACCUCAUCCCAAUUUUCACUCAAAAUCCCUUCAAUCUUCCAUUUUUCAGGGAGGCGGAACAAGUCGAAUGUAUUUGCAACAAACCACAGCUGGUGGCCAAUCAUAUGUAAUGACAAAUCAUACUCAACCAGUUCGAGUUAUGCCAGCAACACAACGAGUCAUUCAUACACAAGGAACAAUGGGUGGACAACGAAGAACACAACCACCACAACCUGGAACUGUUGCAUCAAUGAUUAUGCCUGGAAGAGGUGGUGGAGUUGCACAAAUGAGAACUAUACAGUAAGAAUUUUUUGGAAAAACUUUGGAAAAUAAUGAGUUCUAAAUAUUUUUUACUGUUUCAAAAGUUUCGUAUCUGCUCAGGUUUUUGAUGAUAAAAUUACGCUAUAUUUUCCCAUAGAAAAAAAUUCAAAAAAUAAAGUUUAACUCAUAAUAACAACCCCUAACCAAAUUCCAUUUUCCAGACGUUCCUAUCCAGCUCAACGCAUCAAUCUUGUCGUUCAAAAUCAGCAACAACAAAUGCGACAAGCUCCCGGCACAACAACUCAUUUAAUAACAACAACUGGACCUGGUGGACCAACUGUGAAAAGACAACUUGUUACUGGAAGACCGUUGCCAACAUUGGGAAGACCUGUUGAACAAGUUGUAGUUCAUCAGCAAAUGCAACAUCAACAACAAGUUCAAGUUCAGCAACAACAAUCUUCAUCUUCUCAAGGACUUCCUCCAACUUCUUCCUCUUCCUCCCAAUCUCAACCAGUUGCUCAAGUUGUAUUAGCUCCGCCAACUUCUUCUACUAAUUCUCAUGUACAAUCUCAACCACCUCAACGUCCUCCUCCUCCUCCUCAACAGCAACCGCAGCAACAGUCAAACGACACUCCGUCGAUUCCACCGCCGCCACCCCAAUCAUAG